AUGGCACGUCCGGAACUCGUCGCUCUCGUCAUGGGCGCUUCUCGCGGCAUCGGCCGCCAAAUAGCUAUCGACCUAGCUAGCAACGGCUAUGCAGUAAUGCUGGCGGCAAAAACCACCUCAGACGCCACCAAAACAUUCCCCUUCCCACCAGACCCCAACUCCUCCGCAUCAACCAUUAACACUGUAGAGCGCGAGAUCCGCGCAGCAGGCGGGCACGCCGCCUCCGUGGCCGUGGACGUACGCGACGCCGCGCAGAUCCAGAACGCCAUCGACGAGACAGUCCGGAUCUUCGGUAAACUGGAUGUCCUGGUAUACAACUCGGGCGCGAUCUGGUGGUCCUCGGUGGAGAAGACACCGUUGAAGCGAUUUAAGCUUAUGCAGCAGAUUAACCCCGAGGGCCUGUAUGCGACAGUGCAAGCGGCGUUACCGGCGUUUGAACGGAACGGGUGGCAGGGGCGGAUUGUGGUUGUUUCGCCGCCAAUCUAUUCGCGGUUCUUCAGGGGGAAGACUGCCUAUGCAAUGGGCAAGGUGGGAAUGAGCGUUCUGGUUAAAGGUCUGGCUAUGGACUUUGUCCGUCAGGAGCGCAAUGAGAUGGCUAUUACGAGUAUCUGGCCUGCAUCGUCCAUUGAAUCUGCCGCCACAGAGUUCAACAAAUCCGAGGAUACGUCCUACAAGAAGGACCUGCGAAAACCCAAAAUCUUCUCCGACGCUAUCCUGGAGAUGCUCCGCGCCCCAGCAGCCCAAGUGAACGGGCUCCUGGACACCGAUGAGGACUUCCUCCGCGAAAAGUGCGGGGUUACCGAUUUCUCACAGUACUCGGUGAUUCCAGGCUCGACUCCGCGCCGGAUCAUGCCUGCGCAGUUUCCGGUGCUGGAGGUUGCGGAGCAGGACGAUGAAGGGCAGCGGAUGGAUAGUGCUCAUAUUCGAGCUGCUAAGAUUUAG